UCCCGACGCGCCUCGUGCUUCCAAAGGUACAUCAUCCAAAAAAUAAUCCAGCAAUUCUAAUUUCCUCUAACUCUAACAUUCAAAAGAAAAUCUUUAUAAAUCUUUUAACCAAUCGCUUGUUUAUUUUUAUUUAUCGCGAGUGAAUAGUCCCCGAUAAGUUUUAUCAAAAUGUGUUGUGUUGAUUUUCGGUGACGAUCUAACGACUAUGUUCGAAAAGUUGUCUAGUUGCUACAAGCAGCGACAGUGGCAACGGCAACAGGAGGAUCAACAGAAGUUGGAGGAAAAGCAGAUAGAAGAGGAAGUGGAAUAGGAAGACACGAAGGUGGUGACGAUGACAGAGACGAUGAUUUACAUCGAUCAACGUUCUAAUCUUUCCUCUGAAACUUCGCAAACGGCUUAAUCGCGCCAAGGUUUGAGUUAGUUCGAAGUGACUGAAAUCAUCGGGUGAUAAUCAUCAACGAUGACGACGAAGGUGGCAGCGUAAUAAGGGUCGUUGGAGACCGGAGGAGAGAAGAAGGUGGUGAAGACAGGAGGAGAAUCGAGUGAAGGAGAGGAGGAGACGCUUUAUCGUGGCCGAACGUGACGUGACGGUGGAUGGCGGCGUGUGCACACGCGUGUCGCUCGUGUGGGAUCGGAUUAUCGUUGUGUGCCAGUGCGAAAGAAGACAAUUGACUCGUAGCCGCCGCCGUCGUGCUUGUCGGGGGCCUUCUGACGUCACAUCCUGUCCUCUUGGGCUAGUCGCGAUCUCGUUUGGACCACGGCACAUCAAGCGAAACAACAAGGAUGAACGAGCGCAACAAAUGGAUCUUCAGGAUCCUCUUUUGGAUGAACAUUUAUGGAACGAUUCUAGCGAACUUGACAGAUUCCUCGGAAAUGGAUUUGUCCGACGAGAUAGAUCUAUUCACCACCACGAAAAGAACAUUUCCCGACAGGUGUCUCGUUAAACAAGAGCCAGGUCCGUGCAAACAGUGGGUUCACAAAUGGACUUUCAACAAGACUGAAGGAAAAUGCAGGACUUUCCCUUACGGUGGCUGUCUGGGAAAUGAGAAUCGUUUCAAUUCGGAAGCUGAAUGUCUUCAUUACUGCGUGGGUGGUCCAGAACACACUUUACCACCCUAUUUGGUCACAAAGGGAAGCGUAUUUGUGACGAGCACGACAACCACAAGCACACUGCCCUCAACCACCGCUGUCACCCCACGACCAACCUUUUCACCCCCCGAACCAACGAAACCUCCCGUGCCAAAGUACAAAAGGGGAAAGGAACUUACUUUCAUGGAAUCUGGGUACGAAAAGACUUUCAUGUUCGCGCAGAGCAACACGUUCAUUCAACUCGACGGCAGUGGUAUAAAACCAUUUCAACUUAGGCUGUGUCGUGAGAUAUCCUUCAAAUUUCGCACAAAACUACCCCAUGGUCUGCUGGUCUACCACAGCGUGAAGGAUCGACCAGAGAGCCUAGAUCCUUACGCUCUUUACGUGAUCGUUGAAAAAGGUCAGCUGAAAGUGGUUCACGUGUUCGGGAAACGAUCGACCAGUCUGACGGUAGGUGAAGGAUUGAACAGGGACGAAUGGCACAGUGUUCUGGUGAGGAUCGAUGUCCACGGGGCGAAAUUGAUCGCCAGGGUGGACGACAAACAGGAAGAGACGACGCUCAAAGUUCUGGAACACGUGGUCAAUUAUGGGGUGUCCGAAGAACUUGCGUCUGUCGUCCUUAUUGGAGGAUUAAGUUCAGAGGAACGAUUACAUGGCGUGAAGUACAUAAUAGAAUCCUUCGUGGGUUGCAUAAGAGAUAUGGUUCUUAGUUCGGGCAAAUCGGCAAGCGAUUUGUUGCCGAUUCAACCACUGAUCGCGACGAAGCACGAAAACGUGAAGGAGGGCUGCAUAGACAAAUGCAGAACAAAAGAGAAUCUUUGUUUCAUCUCCAAUCAGUGUGUGAAUCACUAUAAUAGUUUAACUUGCGAUUGUUUUGGGACGAAGUACGAAGGAGAACGUUGCGACGUGUACACGGCUACAAUCUUAACGUUAAGAGGAUCUUCCUACGUUUCCUUUCGAGUUUACGACUGGAAAGACAGAGUCCACUCGUCUGUCAAUAGGAUAAGCCUUGCUUUCAAGACAAAAUGGGACGAUUCAGCCCUGUUUUACGCAUCUGGAGAAAUCGAUGGGACACCUCAUUACGUAGCAGCCUCCAUAAUGAAUGGAUCUGUUCACGUCGAGUUAGACUUCGGACACAACUCGAAAAUCGCUACAGUUCUAGGCGAUUACGUUACCUCGAAUCACUGGAACAAUUUAACGAUAUUUCAUAAUGGAUCUCUAGUUUUCGUUAGUUUAGACGACGACAUAAAGGUACUGGAAGUGCCCGGGGAAAAUUACAACAUGAUCAUCGAUCCAGAAAUUUACAUAGGCGGUGGACCGGAAUUGCACAAGAGGAAGGGCCUCCUUUCGCACAAUAAUUUUGCGGGCUCCUUAAAAUACGUUUUCUUCAACGACAAAUCUAUCAUCUACGAACUAAAACGUUCCAACCCCAUGGUACAUUACAUAGGGGUGUUAGAACCAGAGUACUACGAUGCGGAUGUGGAUGUGAUUCCCAUAACGUAUCCUUUCGCUGGGAGUCACAUUUGGUGGCCCAUUGCUCGAACCGACUCCCUUAAAUUGAACUUUGAUUUCAAAAGUUCGAAACCCAUAGCGGUGGUCGCGUCAGGGGAGGUAAAGAGCAAUCGUGGACUUGGAUAUUGGGAGUUGCGUUUGGUGAACGACGAGAUUCGUUUCCAAUUAUUUCCCGUUCUAACGGAAAACAUCACGGUCUCAGCAGCGGUGAAAUUUCCCCACAACACGUCCUGGCACGCGGUCGAAUUGAAUUACACGAAGGGUGAACUGAGCGUCCUGGUCGAUUACAGGAACAAACAGAGCAAACUGUUCUCCAUGACUUUCGAAAUGGGCGACAAAGUUAUCAUCGGUAGUGGAAAAAGUAACGCUGGCUUGGUUGGAUGUAUGAGGGAGAUACGAGUGAACGACGAAAGGAUAGAGCCCAGAUACGUGGUCAACACCGAAAGAGUGAUCGGGGAAGUGGCUUUGGACAACUGCCAGUUCGUCGAUCCUUGUACCAGACCGAACACGUGCGAACACGGGGGGAAAUGCUCGGUGAAAGAGGACAGGAUCACCUGUGAUUGCACCGACACCGGUUACAUCGGCAAAAAUUGUCAUUUCGCUCAAUACAGAAAGACGUGCGAGGAAUUGGCUUUGCUAGGAUACACCCAGGACGAUGUAUAUAAAAUCGACAUAGAUGGAAAUGGAAGAUUUCCACCUGCUCUAGUGAAAUGCGAAUUUCAAUCUAUCGAAGAUUCCACUAAAACCAUAGUGGAACAUAAUUUACCCUCCCAAGUUGACGUCAGAUCCAUUGCUGAGUCUGAUUUCUCUUUCAAUAUAAAAUACAGACAGUUCACUGCAGAAAUGCUCCAAGAAUUGAUCUCACACUCGUUAUACUGCAGUCAAUAUGUAAAAUACGAUUGUUAUAAGGCACCCUUAGAACUCCACAGUGCCACCUGGUUUCUAAGUUCCAAGGGUACCACUGUGGAUUACAUUGGAAACGUUAAUAGAGGCUCCUGUCCAUGUGGAAUGAACAGAACCUGCGUUGAUCCAAACCUAAGCUGCAACUGUGAUGUUUCCGCCGGAAAUGCCGGAAAAUGGCUGUCCGACGAAGGCUACUAUGAGACCCCAGACUCUUUAGGUAUCACAGGGAUGGUCUUCUUACAGCAGAGAGACCUCGAAGAGGAUGCACAAGGUCGAAUUACCUUGGGUCCAUUGGAAUGUGUCGAAACGAAUACACAGAAAUAUGUAGUAACAUUUACGACCUCGCAGUCGUAUAUCGAGGUACCAGGAUGGAGAAAAGGAGACAUAGCUUUCAGUUUUCGAACAACUGGGGAAAAAGCUAUUUUGUUAUAUCAACCGCCUAUCAGAAGCAACUAUCCUUCUUUUAUGGUGGCUCUGACCUCGGAAUAUCGCUUGACAUUUAAUUUUACCCUGAAUACUGGUACCAUCAGAGAGUUGGAAGUGAAAAGCAGAAGAAAAUUGAACAAUGGAGAGUGGCAGAAGAUCUGGAUCGAUUAUAAUGACUAUCACGUCAGAUUUAUGAUUAACACUGACUUUCAGAUGGUUGAUCUAUUGCCUGAAGAAGAGUUUGGACCAUUCGAGGGUUCUAUGUUCAUAGGGGGCGCUACAGCGGAACACUUGAGAACUUCCUCGGUUCGACAAGGACUAAUCGGUUGUUUCCGAGGUCUCGUCGUGAAUGGCGAGAUCCUGGACAUACACAGCUACAUGUCGGUCCAUUUAUCAGAAAUUAUUAAAGAUUGCAAACCGUCUUGUCAACCGAACAAGUGUCAAAAUGGAGCUAGGUGUGUAGAGCUAUGGAGCAAUUUCGAAUGCGUCUGCGAGAACAGAUGGGCUCAUCUUGGCACCUUUUGCGAGAGGAAUAUUAACAAUAAGGCAUUAACGUUCACGUCACAAGGAGCUUUCCUGAAGAAAAAUUAUUUCGGCACGGAUGAAGAUGAUCAAGAGAAACUAUUGUUGAAAGGGAUACUACUACAGAAUAUACUGAUCAAUCUAAGAACUUAUGACACUCAUUCGUUGAUUUUAUAUGCAAACGAUCAUUUGAACAAUUUUGCUCAUCUUUACAUUUCUAAUGGAACGAGCAUCGUCUAUUUAUUCAAUGCUGGAAAUGAGAUAAAGAAUAUCACUGUUGAGUAUCCAGGGGCGAAUACAGGGAUAUCAGUGCAAAUCGCGAUAAUUCGCACAGAAAAAACUACAACCCUACAUGUAAACGAGUACAACAUCACCCUGAAUGCAACACCGGUGUUGCUUGACGCGUAUUCCAACAAACCUUGGAUAAAUCCAGAGAAGGAGGUGCUGGCGCCGCAGAGGCCACCCGCACCACCCACCAACUAUUUCCAGGUGAAUCUAGGAGGCUUCGACACGGACGAUUUGCUGAGGGUUGGCAAAGAGGGUGCGCUGAUUAUGGGCUACGUGGGUUGUCUACGCGGACUGAUGAUCGGAGAGUAUCUCGUCGAUCUACCAAGCCUUGCUAACGAGGCGAAUCACGAGGGUAGCAAAGGUGUGCUUCCCAAUUGUCAGAUGAAGUGCGAUGCUAUGCCUUGCAAAAAUCUUGGAAUCUGCACCGAGGAUUUCGGGAGACAGGAGUCAUCCUGCAACUGCGAACUGACGUCCUAUUUUGGGGAACAUUGCGCCGAUGAAAAGGGAGCAGACUUUAGCGGCGAGAGCGUUUUGCAACGCGAAUUCGAUCUGGUUGGCGAAGUGAGCCAAGUGAAGGUUCAAUUAGCAUUUUCCACUAAUGAACUUCGACAACGCACCACAGCGCUCCUGCUUUUGCAAACAGAGAACAAAAGAAGCUACUAUCUGCUGGUUGCUCUAACGUCGGAAGGUCAAUUAAUCUUCGAGGAAGACAGAGAAGGCUCUGCCCAUGGAGUACGUCUUAACGAUAGGAACUUUCUUAAUGGUGCUCGACACAGUGUCUACUACGUUCGCGAUAACAACACGGCUACACUUCUGAUCGACCGUGAGCCAGUGCAACUAUUACCAAUUCCAGUGCUAAACUUAGGAGACGACGAGGACGAGAGUCCAGGAGUUACAGAGAUCCAAUUAGGCGGUCUGAACACAACAGAUUCGAGAUUCAGCGCAUACAAAGGAUACACCGGAUGUCUGAGCAACGUCGUGGUAUCGAUCAACGGGGGACCUGGCAUGAAGCCACUCGAGGAAUAUAUGCUAUUUACGAAACAGGGCAGCGAAACCGUCCGAGCGACUAUACCUGCCGGGGUUAGGAGCGCUCAAUGCGCGGUCUUUCAUGCUCAACCACGUGGCCUCGACCCUCCUAGAAACGACAGUGUGGGUCGUGACAGAGCCUGGGUAGAAGAUCCACCUGAAAGAAUACUAUACAAGUCUCAGUAUUCGGAUGCAACUCAAGAGGAACAAGGUGCUGGUACUUAUAUCUUCAUCGCGUUGUGCUGUGUGUUCGUAACAGCAGUGAUCGGAUGCAUUUACGAGGUUUGGAGAAGCGCAAGAAAAGACCGACGUCGUAGACGAGCGGCUACCGUUAGUAGUACGUCCGUUUCACCCUCUGGCUCUCAAAGAUGGCAAUCGCAACAAUACACGGACACGAUAGCCAGUGGGGUAAAAACAGUGGGUUUUAAGAACGUGAACGAAGACGAGAAAAGACCCAACGGUACUCAUGUAAAGCCCACUAGCAAGGAGUAUAAACCGCUGACCAACGCGGAAGCUAAAGACUUGGUUAACGAUAAAAGGGUUCAUAUAAAAGCAGAUGAAGAACCAGAGAAAAAGGAGCUCCUAGGGGUAAAUACAGGCAUCAUCACUAAACCUCCGAAACCAAAUCCAUUCUCGAUGGAGGAUUUGCAAGAGGAACCAGAACUAGAGGAAUGUGAGGAAGAAGAUGAAGAAGAAGAAGAUGAAGACGACUCAAAGAAAGAUAACCAGAACGAGGAAGAAUCAGAUCAAUCGAAAGCAGAGCUUAUUGACGACAAAGAUUUCGCGAAAUCGGCGAUUACUCGUAAUGCAAUUGAACAACAAUGGACAAUCCAAGAUACUUCUUCAGAUCCUUCAAGGCCUUUGGUUGUCAAUCUACAGCCUAUCUAUCUAUCAGACGAUCGAAGAACAUUUGGAAAUCCACUGAACUAUCUUGGAGCUGGAAAAUUUCAAGUGAAUAAUAGAAAUUCAAUUGAAUCGAUACUAUCCUUGGAUUAAUCGUUUACCCUCGAAAGAUAUCUUGUACUACUUAAGUACUCAACAGGAAGCAGUAAUAAUCGUAACACCGGGAUCAAAUCCUGUGCAGUGAUAAAUAGAAAUAUAAAAUGAUGAUAUAUUUAUAUAUAGUUUAGUAACUUCCUGAUAACAGAUGUUUGUUAAGUGCAAAUAUGAAAAUUAAUAAUUGACAAAUUAUUUUCUA